ACUCCAAUCAUUUUUGAAUUAAUGAAGCUUGCUAUUCGAUUUAUUGAUCAUGCCGUCAAAUGUUGAAAUUACCAUACCCACAGCAACUCUAACGGGGGACUACACGACUUACAACAUAACUGUCCGACUACCUUUGCGAUCCAUAGUCGUCCAAAAACGUUACUCCGAAUUUGCGACUUUCCACGAUGAUCUAGUCCACCAAGUCGACGCACAACCUCCGGUACCGCUCCCCAAGAAGUCCUGGUUUUACAACACAAAUUCAAACGAGAAGCUGAGAGAGGAGCGACGACGAGGCCUAGAGAAAUACCUACAAGCAAUCAAUAAUUCGGACGACCAACGAUGGCGGAAUACGAGCGUAUGGCGGUCGUUCUUGAAUUUACCUAUACAAGCUUCUGCAGGAGAAAAUACGUCGUCUGCGAGAUUACACAAAGCAGUUACUAGUCCUGGUAGUGCGGGAUCUGCGCCGAUAACAGAUCCGGUAUUGUGGUUGGAUUGCCACCGCGAGAUGAAAUCCCAUUUGCACGACGCUCGCCUGUAUCUGACGAGAAGGGAUCAAGCCACAACUCCUCAGAAACAACAUGAAAGUUCAGCACAUGCAAAAUCGAGUUUAGCAAAGGCCGGAUCAAUGAUUACAGCACUUGAAGACGGCCUGAAGAAUCCAGGGAAUGAAAAUUGGGCUGGUAGUGGUCUUGGUGAGGGCGAAAUAAGACGACGAAAGGAUCUUCUUGCCAGUGCAAAGAAAGAAAAGGACGGAUUGGAAAAUUUGCAUCAUGCAAUGCUGCAGAAGAGUAGAUUGGAUACCGCAGUGGCCUCGAUACAAGACAAGAAUGAACUCAUGAGCAGUAGUAAGCCCCGCGGAGGCGGUCGAGUUCUUGGGAAAGAGACAGAUAAAACACGCGAACUGGAUAACCAGGGAGUCCUUCGGCUUCAGAAACAGACUAUCGAAUCUCAGGACAAGAGUGUCGGCGAAUUGCUCAAAAUAGUUUCUCGACAGAAAGAGUUGGGCAUCGCUAUAAACAAUGAGCUGGAAAUUCAAAAUCAACUUUUGAGUAUGGCAGAUGAGGAUGUUGAUAGAUUACAAAACAAGAUUGAUAUUGGAAGCAAGCGAGUGGACAAGAUAUCAUAAAUGAGGAGACGUGUGCAUUGAACAGCGUCAGCAGAUUGACCUAGAUGUGACCAAAUAACGGUAUACCCUGGUGUAAAUAGAUAUGAUCAUUUGAGUUAUCUUCUUGCCUCUUGUGGCGCAUGGCGAAUUUCAAAUCUUUGUGAACUGUGGGCGAUUACCAGAAUCACAUGUUCUUCACCAAAAUCACGUAGUUUAGCUGAAGAAAAAUAUUGAGAUCUUUUUGGCCUUAGCUCCAGAUGUCAGUAGCCAAGAAGCAUAAGCAAUUUGUAUGAUGAGGAUGCUUAUGGGUUCAUCUCUACUAAGGAUGAUUUGCCCCUGCAAAGUGAACACCAACCCUCAUGAAAGUCGGUGAAAGAGAACAUAAUGAUCAAAUUCAUGAAGGGUGUCAACCUUGGAAAACCACAAAUUCAUGACCAAUGAGCCCUGAGAUUGGAAAUGGCAAUGGAAUGACUAAAGGAUA